AGAAUAAACGAACUGUGUAAAUAAACAUAGCCGAAGACAAAAUAUUCACGCUAGUCGUUUAUAAUCGAAUAUUUAUUGAGUUUUUAAGAAAUGGUUAAUUAUUGCAUUUUAUGCGGUAGUCGCCGUCAAAAAGGAAUUUCGUAUCAUGGGUUUCCGAAAAAUCUUGAGUUGAGAACGAAAUGGCUCGAGUUUUGUGGAAUGGAAGAACAUCAUUUGAGAAGCGUCAGCACAAUUUGUUCAAGUCAUUUUAAGGAUGAAGAUUUGAUUUCACAAUUGGGUAAACGCAUAGUAAAACCCAAUGCAAUUCCUUCUUUCUUCCACUUAAGAAAAAUGAAAAAGAAGUCAAAACAUCAGACUUUAACGGAUAAAAGUCAAGAAGAGUCUGGCAGAGACUUCAUUGAAAAAAAUUUCGAACUGAAUUUUGACGACGAUCCUGCAGUAAAAAAUGCAUUUAGUAUGGGCGGUAACAAAGAAAUUCCAAUUGGAUUGUCGGAUAAUAACAAUGAUCCUGUUGUAAAAAACAAGGAUGCAUUAACUACUAAUGACAGAGAUGCAACACUUCGAUUGGAUAAUAACUAUGAUCUAGUUAUGGAGCAUAAUGAAACAAAGCUUCCCGAGGAUGUCGAAGAUUUAAAUAACAAACUCCAUUAUGCCAUUUGGUCCAUCGAUAGUGAUAUUCUGGAGAAGACUCAAAUAAAUUUUUUGAGAUGCAUGAGAGCUUGUGUCACAAUGGACGGUGGUCACUUCGAACAUCUUUUAUAA